AACAUGCAGCAAAUUGCAAAAUAACCUGCUUAUCUAAUCCAUGAAAGUAAGUUGUAAUAGUAAUAGAAGCAAGGUUAGGGAAGUGAGUGGACAGCAGGGAAAGCAGUAGCAGUACAGUAUUUUGAUUGUUUGGAUACAAUCGUUGAAGCAAAGAUGUCAGUUAGAAGUGAUGCUGAUCAGACAAUUUUCUCCCAAUACGCCAGGGAAAUAGAAGAACAUUGGAAAAGCAAGGAAAUACAACGGCGAAAAUACAAUCAUGCUUCACCACAGCUCAAAUGUCGAAGGCAGUUGAUAGAGUGGCUCAUCCAUGUUUGUGAACAAAUCAAACUUAGUCACAAAACAGUCCAUCUUGGAGUUUUUUUACUUGAUAUGUUUAUGGACAAUCAUUCAAUUGACCCGGAUCGGCUUCAAUGUGUUGCUCUCGUGUGCAUAAUGUUAGCAGCAAAAUUUGAGGAAGUUGAGUACAAGGUACCAUCAAUAUCAGAAUUAAACAAAUUUGAUGGGUUUCGUUACAGGAACAAUGAUUUUAUGAAAAUUGAAGCUAUGGUUCUCUCUUUCCAUAACUUUGCAUUGGCCCAGCCAACUGUUGCACAUUUUGUAGAGUAUUAUGGCAUGUACACUGUCAGGUCUGUACCAGAAGAACUUAACAGCUUUAACACAUCUUUGAGACAAGUAGCAGAAAUUUCAUGUGCCAUCUUAGCAGAAUUGAUGGCCAUUUGUUUGAAGGGUUUUGUCAACAACUCUUACUUGUCCAUCUCGACCAGGGUAUAG